AUGGGCAGGAAAGCCCAGGACGGCAGCCGAGGCGCCCCCCGCAGAGCGCUGCCCCCUGCCCUGGGGCUGCUGCUGCCCAUGGCCCUCCUGAACGCGCUCCUCUACCUCUGCCUGGCCUGGGUUUUCAUCGCCCCUUCCCCCUCUGCGCCGGCCUCCACUCACUGUCCCCGCGGACACUUCAGAAUGGGACAGAUGAAAAACUGUUCACCGUGGCUGUCCUGCGAGGAGCUAAGGACCGAAGUGAGGCCGCUGAAGUGUGUCGGGGAAGGAGCCGUGAAGAGAGUCUUUCUGUCUGAGUGGAAGGAGCGCAAAGUGGCGCUCUCGCGGCUCACGAGUCUGGAGAUGAAAGACGACUUCCUGCAUGGGCUGCAGAUGCUGAAAGGUCUGCAGAGUAAACACGUAGUCACCCUGCUCGGCUACUGUGAGGACGACAACACCGUCCUGACCGAGUAUCACCCCUUGGGCUCCUUGAGCAAUCUGGAAGCAACGCUAAACCUUUCCAAGUACCAGAACGUGAACACGUGGCAGCGCAGGCUGCAGAUGGCCGUGGACUAUGUCAGCAUCAUCCACUACUUGCACCACAGCCCCCUGGGCACGCGGGUCAUGUGCGACUCCAGCGACCUGCCCAAGACGCUGUCGCAGUAUCUGCUGACCAGUAACUUCAGCCUCGUGGUGAACGACCUGGACGCCUUGCCCCUGGUGAACCGCAGCUCCAGGAUGUUGGUCAAGUGUGGCCACCGGGAGCUGCACGGGGACUUCGUGGCUCCAGAGCAGCUGUGGCCCUAUGGGGAAGACACGCCUUUUGACGAUGACCUCAUGCCCUCCUACGAUGAGAAGAUUGACAUCUGGAAGAUUCCAGACAUCUCCAGUUUCCUUUUGGGGCACGUUGAAGGGAGCGAUAUGGUCCGGUUUCAUUUGUUUGAUAUUCAUAAAGCCUGUAAGAGCCAGACUCCUGCAGAGCGACCCACGGCACAGGAUAUUCUAGACACUUACAAGAAGGUUUUGAAUUUACUCAGAGAUACCGUGAUGUCCCAGACAAGAGAAAUGCUAUAGAAACCAGUGUCCUUCUCAGUGAAGGACAGGUUUUAGGGAACAAAUGGAAGAGUUGUAGCAAUUCUUGCUCUGACGGAGAGGUCCUUCCUCUGCAUCCACAUGCACACGUGAGUGGUGUUCACCCCUCGGGGACCGGGGUGGAAGCUGCUGAGGGCACACUGGGUUUGGCUGAAGUCUGGCCUCACUCUCUCACACUGAUCACUCCCGGCUGCAGAGGAGAGAAGCAGUGAAUCUAGCCAUAGCUGAAGGAAGUAACAAAAAUGUAGCCACAAAGACGCUUUUCUUGCCCUAAUUACUGAGUCUGUAAGCUUGUAG